AUGGAGACGAGUGAAAACAAGAUGAGUGUUUUGGAGGGGGACAGAGCAGAGUUUCCAGGAUCCAGCUCUAUGUCCAUGAACAGUGACAAAUUCAGAGACUAUCAUCCAAUCUCCAGUCAGGAACUUGGACCAUCAGACAAAAAACGUCAGCAACACAACCACAGAGCAGAAUUUCCAGGAUCCAGCUCUAUGUCCAUGAACAGUGACAUGUCCAGAGAUUAUCCUCCAGAGUUCAGUCAUGAAUCUGGGCCAUCAGGCACACAACGUCAGCAACACAACCACAGAGAAGAGUUUCCAGGAUCCAGCUCUAUGUCCAUGAACAGUGACAAAUUCAGAGACUAUCAUCCAAUCUCCAGUCAGGAACUUGGACCAUCAGACAAAAAACGUCAACAACGCAACCACAGAGCAGAGUUUCCAGGGUCCAGCUCUAUGUCCAUGAACAGUGACAUGUCCAGAGAUUAUCCUCCAGAGUUCAGUCAUGAACCUGGACCCUCAGUCACACAACGUCAGCAACACAACCACAGAGCAGAAUUUCCAGGAUCCAGCUCUAUGUCCAUGAACAGUGACAUGUCCAAAGAUUAUCCUCCAGAGUUCAGUCAUGAAUCUGGGCCAUCAGGCACACAAGAGAAGAAGAGGAAUUUUUUUGUGAGGAAGCCGGUAUCCUGCUGUGUGUUGUGUCAGGAUGUCCUGAAAGAUUUAUCAACCGACUUCUGUUCCCAAUGUGGAGUAAAAUCUGGAACCAGAACUUAUCACCAGGCAGCCAAUACUGAUCUAAAAGACGUUUUAGAUGCAUUAAAGGUCACUCUGAAGACAAGAUAUAACCAUGUGAAUGAAGGAACUGAUAAAACAGGAACUGGAGCCCUCCUCAGAUUGAUCUACACUGAGCUCUACAUCACAGAGGAGCAGAGUGAAGCUGUACACUACCAACAUGAGGUGAGGCAGGUGGAGAGCACUUGUAGGAAGACCCUCCAUGGAACACCAAUCAGCUCCCAGGACAUCUUUAAAACCUUGCCAGACCAACAGAGACCCAUCAGAGUGGUUCUGACAUAUGGUGUUGCUGGCAUUGGAAAAACCUUCUUGGUGCAGAAGUUCACUCUGGACUGGGCAGAGGGCUUAGAAAACCAACACAUCAGUGCGGUGGUUCUGCUUUCAUUCAGGGAGCUGAACUUGGUCAGAGACGAGCAGUACAGUCUCCUGGAGCUGAUCCAUGUUUUCCAUCCAACAUUACAGAGCGUCACAGCAGAGCAGCUCACUGUGUGUAAUCUUUUGUUCAUCUUUGAUGGCCUGGAUGAAAGCAGACUUUUGAUGGAUUUCACCAACAGGAAGCUUGUGUCUGAUGUCACACAGAAGUCAACCAUCAGUGAGCUGCUGACAAAUCUCAUCGAGGGGAAUCUGCUUCCCUCUGCUCUCAUCUGGAUAACUUCCCGACCUGCAGCAGUCCAUCAGAUUCCUCCUAAAUGUGUCGACAGGAUGACAGAAGUACGAGGCUUCACUGACGCUCAGAAGGAGGAGUACUUCAGGAGGAGAUUCAGAAAUAAAGAGCUGUCAAGCAGAAUCGUUUCUCACUUGAAGACAUCCAGGAGCCUUUACAUUAUGUGUAGUAUCCCAGUCUUCUGCUGGAUCACUGCUACAGUUCUGGAGCACAUGUUGACUACAGAGGAGAGAGCAGAGCUGCCCAAGACCCUGACUGACAUGUACUCACACUUCCUGCUGGUUCAGAUAAAGAAAAAAGACAAUUACCAUGAUGGGAAAGAGAUGAGGCGACAAGAGCUCACCAGUGCUGACAGGGAAGUUCUUUUGAAACUGGGGAGGCUAGCAUUUGAACAUCUGCAGAAAAAGAACAUCCUGUUCUACCAAGAAGACUUGGAGCAGUGUGGUCUGGAUGUCACAGAGGCCUCAGUUUACUCUGGAGUUUGUACAGAGAUCUUCAGAAGAGAGUCUGUGAUCUUCCAGAAACCAGUUUACUGCUUUGUUCAUCUGAGCAUUCAAGAGUUUCUGGCUGCAGUCUACAUGUUCCACUGUUACACCAACAGGAAGACAGAGGAGCUGAAGGACUUCUUUAGUGAGGACAUCUCCUCUCUGGACGAUUUUCUGAGCAGAGCCAUGGAAGAAUUCUUGCUUAUUCCAAAUAGCCACCUGGAACUGUUUGUUCGCUUCCUUCAUGGCCUCUCUAUGAAAUCCAACCAGAGACUCUUAGGAGGUCUGCUGGGUCAGACAGAGAGCAGUCCAGAAAUCAUCCAGAGAGCCAUCAAAAACCUUAAGCAGAUUAAAAUUGAUGACAAGUGUCCUGAUAGAUGCAUAAACAUUUUCCACUGUCUGAUGGAGAUGAAGGACCUUUCAGUACAUCAGGAGAUUCAAGAGUUCCUAAAGUCACAAAACAAGUCAAAGAAGAAACUCUCUGGAAUUCAGUGCACAGCUCUGGCACAUAUGCUGCAGAUGUCAGAGGAGGUUUUGGAUGAGCUUGAUCUGGAGAAGUACAACACAUCACAGGAGGGACGAUGGAGACUGAUUCCAGCUAUGGUUAACUGCAGAAAGGCUCGACUUUAUGAUGUUUUUGUCUUUGGGCUUUCCUGUGGAGCUUUGGCCUUAGCUCUGACGUCAGACCCAUCCCAUCUGAGAUAGCUGCGCCUGAGUUCAGUCAGCCUGGAGAAAUAUGCAGAAGAACUUUUUACUCAUCUGGGACAUCCAAACUGUAGACUGGAGACACUCAGCUUUGAGAACAGCACUUUGUCAGAGAACAACUGUGCUGCUCUGCUCAGUGCUCUGAAGUCCAACCCUCCAUAUCUGAAACGUCUGGAUCUAAUAAGAUGCAACCUGGAGGGCUCAGGGAUGAAACAGCUGUAUGGUUACCUGGAGAGUCCACACUGUAAACUACAGUUUAACAGAGUGACUUUGGUUUAGAUGCUGUUCUGUGAUCAAGACAUACAGUGGUACUUGCAGAGUGACUGUGAAAAAAAAUCAGUGGUCAAAGUGUGGCUCUCCCCAAACUUCCUGAAUCUGUUCCAGUACAAAGACACAAAUCUUUGAUCUUGUGUACAAAGGAGAAGUACUGACAACAUGGUCAGGCUGCUAGCAGCCUGACUCGUGCCUCCUUCUAUGAGCAGCCACUAGGCCCAGGACCCUCCUGCUCCACCAGGCCCAGGAUCCACCAGCAGCCACCAGGCCCAGGAUCCACCAGCAGCCACCAGGCCCAGGAUCCUCCAGCAGCUGCUAGGCCCAGGGCCCUCCUGCUCCACCAGGCCUAGGAUCCACCAGAAGCCACCAGGCCCAGGAUCCUCCAGCAGCCACUAGGCCCAGGAUCCUCCAGCAGCUGCUAGGCCCAGGAUCCUCCUGCUCCACCAGGCCCAGGAUCCUCCAGCAGCCACUCGGCCCAGGAUCCUCCAGCAGCCGCUAGGCCCAGGAUCCUCCAGCAGCUGCUAGGCCCAGGAUCCUCCUGCUCCACCAGGCCCGGGAUCCUCCAGCAACCGCUGGGCCCAGGCUCCUCUAGCAAGGCACCAACAAGUAAAUCGACAGUGACUUCAACGGGCCAUCACAAGGUAAUACCAAUCUCACCAUUUUCAAAAUGCCGCCUAAAAAAGCAAACCCAGGAGUUGAAGAGGAGUUGGAGGAGAUUAGGAAAUCACUUAAUUUCAUGUCUGAUGAACUGAGCAAAGUGGCUAAACAACAAGGUAUGCUACAUGACCUAAUGGAUGAAAUAAAACAACUAAAAAACUUGAUAAAGGAGAAGGACAAGA